AGUAUAAAUAAGGAGUGUAGAAGUCCGAGAGGGGGGACGGAAACACCGCAGGAAAUCUCGGGAGGAAAAACGCCGGCGCCGGAGCCACCGCGGUGUUUGCGGCGUCGUACGGUUGUUGUGGUAGCGAGCGAGCUGUAGAAAAGGCAUUCAGGAUUCGUGAUUUGUAGGAGUGGUGGUUGUGGUACGGAAUUUGUUGGUAGUGAUGGAGAAGUCGACGCCGGUGAGGAAGCCUAACACGUCGACGGCAGAUCUGCUUACGUGGACGGAGAAUCCGCCGGAGAAUUCACCGGCGACUGCAUCCGCGGCUCGGUCGCACCAGCCGUCGGAUGGAGUGAGCAAGGUGGUGUUCGGUGGUCAGGUGACUGAUGAAGAGGUUGAGAGCUUGAAUAAGAGGAAACCCUGCUCAGACUACAAAAUGAAAGAAAUGACCGGCAGCGGAAUAUUCAAGGGAAAAGGAGAAGACGGAGCAUCGGACAACGAGGAAGACACGAACAAAACCGGGCUACGCAUGUACCAGCAAGCAUUGGCAGGAAUCAGCCACAUAUCCUUCAGCGAAGAAGAAACCGUAUCUCCAAAAAAGCCGGCUACUCUGCCCGAAGUCGCUAAACAACGCGAGCUGAGCGGGACACUCGAGAGCGAAUCCGAGGCAAGAUUGAGGAAACAAAUUUCCGACGCAAAAAACAAGGAGCUUAGUGGGCACGAUAUCUUCGCUCUGCCGCCCGAAAUUCAGCCCCGUCCGUUCGCUGCCCGAGCUUUAGCCCUAAGGGAAAGCAUUUCCAUCGGCGAAUCUCCUGCAUCCCACAAUGGCGACGGAGCAACAGGCGAAGAAUCUGUGAUGAAGACGGCGAAGAAAAUUCCGAACCAGAAAUUCUCGGAGCUAUCGGGGAAUAACAUCUUCAAGGAAGAUGGGGGGGCGGCGGCGUCUGCAGAGAAGCCUCUGAGUUCGGCGAAGCUCCGGGAGAUGAGCGGGAGCAAUAUAUUUGCGGACGGGAAAGUGGAGUCGCGCGACUAUUUGGGCGGCGUUCGGAAGCCGCCGGGCGGGGAGAGCAGCAUUGCCUUAGUAUGAACGAAUGAUAUAACUGAACAACGAGCUGUUACUGGUAACACCUUCUCCUCUCCUUUCUUCUUAUUUCUGCAACUAAUUAUCUUUUUGGUUUUGUUGGGGUUUGGGUUUGUGUUUGUGUUUGAGUCGUUGGGUGUGUUAUUUUAGACGGGUAUGGGUAUGGGUAUGGGUAUGGGUAUGGUUAUUUGAUGGAUAUUUGUUAUUUAUUAUUAUGAUUAUGAUUAUUGGGUGUUGGGUUGGGUGAUGAUGUUUUUAACUGUGUGUUGGGCGUGUGAGGAAUUUGAUUGAUUAGAGUUAUAGUUAGUUUUUGUCGUGUCGUGUCCUCUUAUGUAAUGUACUAUAAUACCUUCUUCUUGCCUUCACUUUGUCUCUACUUAUAUCCUUUCAUCUUUUA